GCAACAGAACUAGACAAAUGACAUCUGUUCCCAAAUGUCCAUUGAAAAGUGUUAAGAGUAGACUUGGAGUAUUUCAAAGGUUUUGAUAUUUUAACUGUGUGCUGUAAAGGGCGUUGGUGAUGGUGGACAUAGCCGCCGACCUGAGCACUCUGUGUUUUGAGAGCGGGCUCGCUGACGACGAAAAGAAGUUACUUUACCUCCGUGCGCGCUCGGCUGGACUGACAUUUUGCGGGUGUGCGCACGCAGCUUUCGUGUGUGAACUCAUCGACUCGCUAAGAUGUGCCAUCAAAAGGCGCACAGCUAAAAUCAGAAAGCCAGUGGCACCAGGAGAGGACGACGACCUCCGCGUGGGCAUACUUGGGAUGGGGCAUCUGGGAAAACAGCUGUGCCUAGCACUUCUUGAAAAGACCAAAAUAAAACCCUCAAAUAUUAAGAUCUCCACUAGGAGACCAGAGUUAGCAGUGGAAUUUGUCCAUACAGAAGUUGAAUGUUUCUUUGACAAUCGCAGACUGGCAGCAUGGGCGGAUGUUCUUUUCCUUUGCUGUCUUCCCUCUCAAAUCCCGAAAGUCUGCGUUGAUCUCUGCUCUCAUCUGGCAAAACACUGCCUUGUGUACAGUUUCACCUCUGCCAUUCCCGUCACCAAAUUAGCUAAGCUUCUUGGACACGACUACAUCCUGAAGCCGAAGUAUGACGUUGUCUCUUGUGACACUGUGGAUGUUUGGCUGUCCUGCAGUCCCGUGGCCACAGCUUUAUCAGAUCCUUUGCUGAUAGAAGCAUCGUGUCCUCUCACAAUGAAAGGAGGUAUUUCUCUGGGUCUGAACUGGGUGUGUGCGGUGCUGUAUAUCCUGUUGAAUAUCUGCACCUCUGCCAGUCUGGGAUCCAAUGAGGCUCUCCUCUUAAUUAAAUCAAUAUUUAAAGAGAAAUGUGGAGACACUGUGCAAUUAAAUGCACACAGUUUCAUCAAUUCAUCCUAUGCAUCUUCUCUUCUCUCAGAUGAGCCUUUUCCCUGGAUUUCACUUACGGAUGCCCAGAUCAGGGAGACCCCGCUGCUGCGCUUUCUAUCAAGCAGUAAAUCUGUGCAACAGCGCCUCUCUGCAGCUUAUAAAUCCCAGAUGGAGACACCAGCAAAGUAACACACUGAUCAGCCACAGCAUUAAAAUCACUAAUAGGUGAACUCAGUCUCUGUGAUGAAAAAAUCUGCUGGGAAACCGCACAGAAGCCCCGUGGCACCCUGUCACAUUCAAAGACUGCUCAAAUUGAGUGGGGAAUAAGUAGCUUAAUAGAUGGCAACCCAAACCUGCAAAGGGUACAUUCAUGGUGUUAGGUGGGUGUAUUUAUUGUUGUUGCCGAUCAGCGUAAAACUAUUGUGUUACACAAGCAGUUUCACUUAUCCUUAUGCAGUAUUAAAGACGCAGUAAAGUUACAGUUGGUUAAAAACACUUGUGUCACAUUUUGAAACCAUACAUAACAAUAUGAACAAAUUAAAAAUGAAAUAAAAGUCAGUUUUGCUUCUUUUUAUGACCCGAGUUAAAUAAUGAAGCUGGUCAGUGUGCUUCCAAUUCAAAAUUUGUAUUACUGUGUUACAUUUUCAAUUUUGAAAAUCAUUUUAUAACAUGAAGGACUCACUAAAGUUUGUGAAAUGUAGAUAUAGGUUUACUUCAAAUACUUUUAUGCAGUAGAGUUACAGUGCUGUGCAAAAGUCUCAAGCUUAAUAUAUUUUUUUAUUUUCUCUAUUAAGCUACUCAACACUGACCUAUGAAACAUUAAAGCAUCAAAUGCACUCA